CGGUCACGCACUCACUCAACGACUCACUCUAGAAAGCCCCAAACUCACUCAACUCCUUAAAAAAUGGCACUACGUUUCCUCACUCCACUCUCCCCUUUCACAAAACUCACUCGCCCUCCUCUUCCUUCAUUUCACUUCCCUCACAAAUUCUCUCCAUUUUCAUCUUCUCUUAUUAUGGCUUCCGCUUCAAAAAAGGUACUUGUUCCGAUUGCUAAUGGAACCGAACCGAUGGAGGCUGUGAUUACAAUCGAUGUCCUCCGUCGAGCCGGCGCUGACGUUACCGUUGCUUCCGUCGAAAAACAGCUUCAAGUUGAUGCUUGUCACGGUGUUAAAAUCGUCGCUGAUGCUUUUGUUUCUGAUUGUGUUGAUACAGUUUUCGAUCUUAUUUCGUUGCCGGGAGGGAUGCCGGGUGCAACCACUCUUAAAGACAAUAAUGUUUUGGAGAGCAUAGUAAAAAAGCAAGUGUUAGAAGGUCGAUUGUAUGCUGCAAUUUGUGCAGCUCCUGCUGUUGCGCUUGGAUCAUGGGGCCUACUGAAGGGAUUAAAAGCAACCUGUUAUCCAGCCUUUAUGGAGCAGCUAUCAUCCUCUGCAACUACAGUCGAGUCACGAGUCCAGCAGGAUGGAAAAGCUAUAACUAGUCGAGGCCCAGGAACAGCCAUGGAAUACUCUGUUGCACUGGUAGAGCAGCUGUUUGGGAAAGAAAAAGCUGAUGAAGUUUCUGGACCGCUGCUGAUGAAUUCUAAGCAUAACGAUCAAUUUAUUGCUGCUGAACUAAAUAAGCUGCAAUGGACAUCUAGCUCCGGACCUAAGAUUCUAGUACCUAUUGCGGAUGGGUCGGAGGAGAUGGAAGCUGUUAUGAUCAUUGAUGUUCUUCGAAGAGCAAAAGCCGAAGUUGUGGUUGCAUCAGUUGGGGAUAAACUAGAAAUUGUUGCUUCUCGUAAAGUAAAGCUAGUUGCAGACAUGCUCCUUGACGAGGCUGCUAAACUUUCAUAUGACUUAAUAGUGUUGCCAGGCGGACUUGGUGGUGCCCAAGCAUUUGCCGACUCACAAACACUUGUGAAUUUGCUUAAGAAGCAGAGAGAGUCUGACAGAUUCUAUGGAGCAAUGUGUGCAUCCCCGGCUCUUGUGCUGGAGCCCCAUGGAUUACUUAAGGGAAAGAAGGCGACAGCUUUCCCAGCGAUGUGUAGCAAACUGUCAGACCAGAGCGAAGUUGAAAACAGAGUUGUGGUAGAUGGCAGACUUGUUACCAGCAGAGGGCCAGGGACUUCUGUGGAAUUUUCGUUGGCCAUUGUAGAGAAGUUUAUGGGUCACGAGAAAGCAUUAGAGCUUGCUAAGGCCAUGCUUGUCGUGUAAGUGUUUUAGUUCUAGCUUCGUGUUUAUGUGAAUUUCAGCUGAAAAAAAAGUAAGAAUGAGAAAUGUGUAGCUUUUAUGUAUUUUUCACAUAAUCUAGUUGUAUGCUUGAUGGUAACACAAAAUCUCGAUUAUAAUUAAUAAAUAUCCCGGUCACUUGAGGUCGGAUCAAUGUGCUGGGAGUUUUGUAUGUAA